AUGCCUUUCAAACAGCACGAUCGCCAGUACGACCUGGUCGUCUUUGGUGCCACUGGAUACACCGGGGCCUUCGUAGCAGAGCACAUCACGACACACCUAACGACCAAUCUGAGAUGGGCCGUUGCCGGUCGUACAGAGGCGAAGCUUCGGCAACUUGUUGCCGAGUGCAAGAAGUUGAGUCCCGACAGAUUUCAGCCAGAAAUUGAAAUUUGCUGCGUCAACAACGAGGAUCUUGAGGCGCUCGCCAGAAAAACGUACAUUCUUAUCACCACUGUGGGUCCAUAUGCGCAGUAUGGCGAGCAUGCGUUCAGAGCCUGUGCCGAGAAUGGCACGCAUUAUCUGGAUGUCACCGGCGAGACCCCUUGGACCGGCACGAUGAUUAAUAAGUAUGAUUCCGUCGCGCGGGAGACGGGGGCGAUGAUGUUUCCGCAGAUUGGAAUCGAGUCGGCACCGCCUGACCUCAUCACUUGGCUGCUGGCAAAACAGGUCCGCGAGAAGCUCUCAGCCAAGACGGGCGCCGUGACGGUGUCAAUCCAUCACCUGGAUUCAGCUCCAUCUGGCGGUACACUGGCGACGGCCCUCGGCCUGUUUGACUCAUUCACCCUUUCGCAGGUGAGGGCGCAGCACAAGCCAUACGCUCUGUCGCCCGUUCCGAACCGCAACCACGUUCAAUCGCAGAUGUCCCUGCUCACCAGAUUGGUGGGGUUGCGAAACGUGCCGGGCCUGGGGCUGAUGACUACGUCCAUUGCCGGGAUGACGGACGCGCCCAUCGUCCAAAGAACGUGGGGUCUCUUGGCAACUUUGCCCUCGCGGGAGAAGCAAUCCUACGGACCCAACUUCUCGUUCCAUGAGUACAUGAGAGCCAAGGGGUACCUCCAAGGAAUCGCCAUCCACUGGGGCCUGGCGUUCUUUGGCCUGCUGCUCGCGACUGUUGCGCCGUUCCGCAAACUGGUCAAAAUGUUUGUCUACCAACCUGGCCAAGGACCAGACAGGGAGGCAUCCAAAAAGGACGAGAUUGAGUAUCGCGGCAUUGCCAUACCGGACAAGCAACCCAAGACGGGAUGUUCCAAGGCAUUCUGCCGAGCAUGGUUCAAUGGCAGCAUGUACUACUUGACGGCUGUUCUAUUGGCCCAAGCUGCUUCGACACUUUUGGAAGAGGACGUCGACCUGCCCGGUGGUGUCUUCACCCCAUCGUGCCUGGGGCAACCCUUCAUCGACCGGCUGCAGGGAGCCGGCUUCAACUUUGAGUCAAGGAUUCUGGAAAAUUAG